UUUGUUGUAGUAUGAUUUUUCCUUCCUUGUCUUGUCUUCCAUUCUUUCUCUGCUCUUGGAAGCUAAGCAUUGUCCUUGGUGGGUUAAGAUAGAGAGAGCUUUUCAUUCGUCUUCGGAUUUGCCUUUUACGUUAUAUUUGACCUGUACAAGAUCAAUAUUAUCCUUUUGGUUUGGAGAUAUGGAGAGAGAUUUUAUGGGUUUGGGUUCAAAGCAUGCUCCAGUUACUGUCAAAGAGGAGGCCUGUGAAGGGCCUAAGGAUUCAGUAUUCUUAAGGGGUUCAGGGAUGCAGUUGUCUUUCUCAAACAAGGUAUCUGCCAUUCCUCAGUUCCUGUCUUUCAAGGCUGCUCAAGAAGAUAGGCUGAGGAAGACUGCUCAUGAUCCUCUAGUGUCAUCUGGAUUUAUGGCUAAACCAACUGCUGAUUCUAACCCGAGACCAUAUUCUGGCUUGACCCAGAAACAACGGGGAAACCACUACACAGUGACAACAUUUGGUCUGCAACAGUUUGAUGGACACCAACCCCACUGUUCUCAGGAAGUGAGGUUAUUUCCUGUCUCCAGCCAGCCGAAUCAAACAAUUGCAGUUUCUAUGAGCACUCCUCUUCUCCAGUCCCAUCUUGUUUCCACUGGACAGAAUACAAUUGGUAAUACAGUAACCCCACAACCUUUUGCAGGAGUCCCAAUCAUGGCUCCCCCUGUAUCUGUUGUUCCUCCAUCAAGUUCCAUUAUUGGUACAACUGAGCUUAGGAAUGCUGCCAAAUCUUCUCAGGCACCAUCUCAGUUGACUAUCUUUUAUGCUGGUUCUGUGUGUGUGUAUGAUGAUGUGUCUCCUGAGAAGGCCCAGGCUAUUAUGUUAUUGGCUGGAAAUGGGUCUUCUGCAGCUCAGAGUAAAUCGACUCCCGUGACUCAAGCACAGGCACCUAUGCCACGACCUUGUGCUGCUGAUGGUUUUGUUGGAAACAAUAGCUCUACCAUGUCACCAUGCUCAGGCUUUCCAGGUCCUAUUUCUGUAACCUCCCAUGUCAGUUUACAGCCAGGUGAAGGAUCUAGUGGCACCAAUGAUCUAACAGCUGCCACACGAGUUGUAGCUAUAACAUCUUCUAAUAAUCAACCAGAGCGUCCCAGAGUGGUUAAUUCAGUAGGAUCUGCUGCAACAAGUCUAAUUCCAGCAGUAGCUGUGCCUCAGGCUCGUAAAGCAUCCUUGGCUCGAUUUUUAGAGAAGCGUAAAGAAAGGGUAACAAGCACCUCUCCAUACAAUAUCAGCAAGAAAUCGCCUGGAUCUGAUGAUAUAAGUUUCUCCGUGACUUCUGCUGGAUCCAGUCCUCGACCAGCCGUCAACUAGGGGUGGAGGUCAUUGGACUGUGUCACUACUAUAGAUAUGUAAGAGGUCUUUUGUCGACAUUUAUUUUUGCUGGUAAUUAUAUAGAACUCAAUUCUUUUAGUGUCAAAAGUUAGUUCACUUUAUUAGAUAUAUGUUUUCAGUUUUCUUUUUUCCCAAAAACAUUACAAACACCAUGUAACUGAUUGUCUGCUUUGCCAGUUGAUUGUAAAAGCAUAUCAUCUCUACUCCAAAAAGCAUUAAUUUUGUAUUAAA